CUACGUUGAGUGAGGGCUCUUGGGUUAGUUCCUGUUAGGCCCCGGCCGGGGGAGUAGGUUGAAGUCUCCUAAGAUGCCCGGUGGGCUGGAGCACUGAGAGCUGUGAAGAAGGCGUGAGGAGGCGGCGAGGGGUGACCCGCGGCAGGCCCGAACAGGAGCGGCGGCCGAGCCCGCCUUCCCUGCACCAUGCUCAUAGAGGAUGUGGAUGCCCUCAAGUCCUGGCUGGCCAAGUUAUUGGAGCCGAUAUGUGAUGCUGACCCGUCAGCCUUAGCCAACUAUGUUGUAGCACUGGUCAAGAAGGACAAACCUGAGAAAGAAUUGAAAGCCUUUUGUGCCGAUCAACUUGACGUAUUUUUACAAAAAGAGACUUCAGGUUUUGUGGAUAAACUAUUUGAAAGUCUCUAUACUAAGAACUACCUUCCACCUUUGGAACCAGUUAAGCCUGAGCCAAAACCACCAGUCCAAGAAAAAGAAGAAGUUAAAGAAGAGGUAUUUCAGGAGCCAGCAGAGGAAGAACGAGAUGGCAGAAAAAAGAAAUACCCUAGUCCCCAGAAGACUCGUUCAGAAUCUAGUGAACGAAGGACACGUGAGAAAAAAAGAGACGAUGGCAAGUGGAGAGACUAUGACCGGUACUAUGAGCGGACUGAAUUGUACCGUGAGAAGUAUGACUGGAGAAGAGGCAGGAGUAAGAGCCGGAGUAAGAGCCGAGGCCUGAGUCGAAGUCGGAGUCGAAGCCGGGGGCGCAGCAAAGACCGGGAUCCCAAUAGGAAUGUUGCAGAACAUAGGGAAAGAUCAAAGUUUAAGAGUGAGAGGAAUGACUUGGAGAGUUCCUAUGUGUCUGUGUCUGCACCAACUCCGAACUCUUCUGAGCAGUAUUCCUCUGGGGCACAGUCUAUUCCCAGCACUGUUACUGUGAUCGCACCUGCGCACCACUCUGAAAACACAACGGAGAGUUGGUCUAAUUACUAUAAUAAUCAUAGCUCUUCCAAUUCUUUUGGUCGAAACCCUCCACCAAAGAGGCGAUGCAGAGAUUAUGAUGAAAGAGGAUUUUGUGUACUUGGUGACCUUUGUCAGUUUGAUCAUGGAAAUGAUCCCCUGGUUGUUGAUGAAGUUGCUCUGCCAAGCAUGAUUCCUUUCCCUCCACCUCCUCCUGGGCUUCCUCCUCCACCACCUCCUGGAAUGUUAAUGCCUCCGAUGCCAGGCCCAGGCCCAGGUCCAGGUCCUGGCCCAGGCCCAGGCCCAGGCCCAGGUCCUGGCCACAGUAUGAGACUUCCUGUUCCUCAAGGACAUGGCCAGCCUCCGCCUUCUGUUGUGCUUCCCAUACCAAGACCACCUAUAACACAGUCAAGCUUGAUAAACAACCGUGACCAGCCUGGGACAAGUGCAGUGCCCAAUCUUGCACCAGUGGGAGCAAGACUACCUCCUCCUUUACCCCAGAACCUCCUUUAUACAGUGUCAGAACGACAGCCCAUGUACUCUCGUGAACAUGGUGCUGCUGCAUCUGAGCGACUUCAGUUGGGGACACCGCCUCCUCUGUUGGCAGCUCGUUUGGUGCCACCUCGAAACCUCAUGGGAUCCUCCAUUGGGUACCAUACCUCAGUCUCCAGCCCCACCCCUCUGGUCCCAGAUACCUAUGAACCAGAUGGUUAUAAUCCAGAAGCUCCUAGUAUUACCAGUUCUGGUAGAUCUCAGUAUAGGCAGUUUUUUUCAAGAACACAGACACAGCGCCCAAACCUGAUUGGCCUAACCUCUGGAGAUAUGGAUGCAAAUCCAAGAGCUGCUAACAUUGUCAUCCAGACUGAACCACCAGUUCCUGUUUCAAUUAAUAGCAACAUAACCAGAGUAGUUCUUGAACCAGAUAGCCGGAAAAGAGCUAUGAGUGGUUUGGAAGGGUCGCUGGCAAAGAAACCUUGGCUGGGAAAGCAAGGGAAUAACAAUCAGAGUAAACCAGGAUUCUUGAGAAAGAAUCAGUAUACAAACACCAAAUUAGAAGUCAAGAAAAUCCCUCAGGAAUUGAACAACAUUACCAAGCUCAAUGAACACUUCAGCAAAUUUGGAACUAUUGUUAAUAUCCAGGUUGCUUUUAAGGGAGAUCCAGAAGCAGCCCUCAUCCAGUAUCUUACCAAUGAGGAGGCCAGAAAAGCCAUUUCCAGCACUGAAGCAGUUCUAAACAACCGGUUCAUUCGAGUCCUGUGGCACAGGGAAAAUAAUGAGCAGCCAGCACUGCAGUCGCCAACACAGCUGCUCCUGCAACAGCAGCAAACACUUAGUCACCUGUCACAGCAGCACCAUCACCUGCCACAGCACCUUCAUCAGCAGCAAGUGCUGGUGGCCCAGGCUGCUCCCUCAACGGUACAUGGGGGUAUUCAGAAGAUGAUGAGCAAACCACAGACAUCGGGUGCCUAUGUUCUUAACAAAGUUCCUGUGAAACAUCGUCUUGGACAUGCAAGUGGUAACCAGGGUGAUGCAGCACACUUGUUGAAUCAGUCAGGUGGUGCUGGAGAUGAUUGCCAGAUAUUUUCAACUCCAGGCCAUCCAAAAAUGAUCUACAGCUCCUCAAACUUAAAGACACCUUCAAAACUUUGUUCAGGAUCAAAGUCCCACGAUGUCCAAGAAGUUCUUAAAAAGAAGCAGGAAGCAAUGAAGCUACAACAAGAUAUGAGGAAAAAGAGGCAAGAAAUGUUAGAAAAACAAAUAGAAUGCCAAAAGAUGUUAAUAUCCAAGCUAGAAAAAAACAAAAACAUGAAACCAGAAGAGAGAGCAAAUAUAAUGAAGACUUUAAAAGAGCUUGGAGAAAAGAUCUCACAAUUGAAAGAUGAGUUAAAAACAUCUUCUGCAGUCUCCACACCAUCUAAAGUAAAGACAAAAACAGAGGCCCAAAAAGAACUAUUAGAUACCGAACUGGACCUUCACAAGAGGCUAUCCUCAGGAGAAGACACAACAGAGUUACGGAAAAAACUCAGUCAGUUACAGGUUGAGGCUGCACGAUUAGGUAUUUUACCUGUGGGUCGAGGAAAGACCAUGUCCUCUCAAGGUCGAGGAAGAGGCCGAGGCCGUGGAGGAAGAGGAAGGGGUUCACUAAAUCACAUGGUGGUGGACCACCGCCCUAAAGCACUAACAGUUGGGGGAUUCAUUGAGGAGGAGAAAGAUGACUUACUUCAGCAUUUUUCACCUGCAAACCAAGGGUCAAAAUUCAAAGACCGUCGGCUACAAAUAUCAUGGCACAAGGCCAAGGUGCCUUCUGUAUCCACUGAGACUGAGGAAGAAGAAGUCAAGGAGGAGGAAACAGAAACGUCAGAUUUGUUUUUGCAUGAUGACGACGAUGAGGACGAAGAUGAAUAUGAGUCUCGUUCAUGGCGAAGAUGAAAUCUGAUGUGAGCUGUAUAAUUUUUAGGAAUAUUGUUUAGAAGAACAACUUUUUAAAAUUAUUUAAAGAAGUCAAUGAGCCAAAAAAAUUGUUUUUAUUUUUAUUUUCAACACAGUAGGUUUAAGGACAGCAAGUUUGCUAUUUAAAUGCAUCUCAUAACUGUUCAUGAUAUUAAAGCACCAAAGGCCUAGUGACUUUUACACAGUUGUGAAGAUCCACAAGAAUGACUUGGAUAAUCUCUAGAGCCUUAUUUUUCCACACCACCUGUUUUUGUUGCUAUUGGUGUUGGAUUAUGAUGUAAAUGACAGGGUGUUCAGAAAUUUUAUUUUGGAUUAUAAUCUGCUGAUAAAAUUUCAUUAAAUGUCAAAAUCGCCUGGAAUCUCUUAUCUCUUAGCUAUUAUAGAUGGGUCGUCAGAUAGUAGGAGAUAUUUGUAAUUAAAAUACCCUUUUGCUUUCAAGAGUUGUCUUGGAAGAAAAGUAAAUUUAAUUAUUUUAUUGAGGAGGAGCCCAGUUUGAAUUCAAUCUAAAUUUCGGGGGGAUUUAAUGUGCAGCAGUAAGUAAUAUUUUAGUGUAAAUUGUAACUGUUCUUCAAUGCUAUAAGGCAAUGGUAGCUAGCUCUGGUAUUUCCAUUCUGUCAUCAUAUUAACUCUCCUGGACUUCUGCCACUGAUUUUUAGUUUGCUUUGAAAUUACU